UUGAUGCUGUUUUAAUACGAUUUUUAUGAUAAAUCAGUGAAAAAUGUUCGGAAAAUCAAAGAAAACAGUUUCCGUGGCAUAUAAAGAAAAGCUUUUAGCGGAAAUCGCUCACUAUGAGAAACGCAUAGACGAUGCGUUGAAUAAGCGAAAGCAGAAUUCCUUUGAAGAUGAAAGCUUUGGAGAAGAUGUGACCAACCCGUACAAGUUCAAGCUCCAACCGUCACAGUAUGAGCUGAAGCAGCGGGAAGCCAGCUUGAGCGACCGAGCCAGCAUGACACUGGAACUGGCCAUGUUGACCAUCAUGCAAUCCGAGGUCAAUAUUAUGGUCACACCGCCUGAAGUCAGGUCAAUAUUAUGGUCACACCGCCUGAAGUCAGGUAUGUUGAGAGAUCUGACCAACCCGUACAAGUUCAAGCUCCAACCGUCACAGUAUGAGCUGAGGCAGCGGGAAGCCAGCUUGAGCGACCAAGCCAGCGUGAUGCUGGAACUGGCCAUGUUGACCAUCAUGCAAUCCGAGGUCAAUAUUAUGGUCACACCGCCUGAAGUCAGGAAACCGGUGCAAGAGGAUGGUGUUUGGCACGAGGUCGCAGCCGAGUGCAAGAUUGAUCUUGUCUCCUUCACUAUCACCUUCUACGCUCACAAGCCGCACCGAAAAUUCGCGCCGAUCCGCUACAGGAACGUGGCAGUAACGCUGGUAAAGCCAGCUCAUCAAAAAGAGCUAGCACAGAGUAUUCUGCCAAAGCUGCAGCUACCCAACCUCGCUCUGCAGGUAUUACAGAGCUAUGCGACAGCGUUUCGUUCCCGUCGCACCACGCUGCUGGAGUUGGCCGAGAGAUACGCGGACAAACUCAAAAUGCAGGCCAUGCCGGAAGGCGGGUACCGCGUUCGAUUCCUGGACCUGCUCCAAGUGGAUUGGACCUUAGAGAACCUGUGGUCCCCCAUCGUCCCCUUCUGCCACCGCAUGAAGUUCGAAGUGGAGUACAUGCCCAAAGACUACAUCAGCGCCAUCGGCAAGCUCUACAAGCAAUUCAAGGACCCCACAUUAGAGACCUCUGAACGGACCUCCAUACUGUCCAAGAUCUGCGACAUAUGUUUACAAGCUGCCGGACCGGCCAGAGAGAUGCAGGACACUUUCGAGUCAGAUCCUGAAACCGCUGGCCGCCUCCACGAGCGUCGCACAACAAUCGAUCAAGAACCGGACGUGCCUAACGUGGAACAUUCGCCGAAAAAGCCUUCCGGCAAAGAGAAUAAGCCCCAAAAUCGCAAAACAGACAUGGCGCCUCCUAAAACCAUUCCUAAGAAAGCUAAGAAGAGUAAACCUAAACAGGAAAAUACAGAUGAGAGUAGGAGAAGCGUUAAAAGAGGUAUUGAGAGUGAUAAUAGAAAUGAUGCUAAAAAAUCAAGAAAUGAUGAUGGUAAUAAUAGCAAUAGUAAAGCUGGAUUAAAAGGUGGUAGUACUAUUCAAGGAAAAGCUGAAAUAGGACUUGUUAGUUCAAAAGUUCAAAAAAUAAAUGACACACAACUCAAUGCACAGAAAGACGGCUUGGAAAAUGGACAGAAAAAGAUUUCUGGUAAAACGACGACGAAAAUCGUGAAAGAAACUGUCAAAGAUAUAGUUGAUCCUGUAAGUGAUGCCGGGAAAAAGGGAGAUGGCAAGAUUAUUAAGUCUAAAUCUUCAAGUAACGCCGAAGUUCGUAGUAAAAAUACCAACAACAAAGAUGAUGGAUCUAAGAAUAGCAGUGAGGCUACUUCGAAAGUUACCAAGAAAAAUGUUAAUAAUAAUGACAGAAACGUUAAUAAAGAUACGAAUACAGAAGGUAACGCUGGUAGAUCUGAAAAAGAAACUGAAAACACAGCAAAGAUUCAAAAUGAUAAAGCUGUGAGCAAGAAUAUUGCUAAGCAAAAAGAGAAAGCUGUAAUAGAAAAGGAUAACGGAAAUCCGAAGAAACAUACAGAGAACACUACAAACGAUAAACCUACUGUUAAAAAUACUGUCAAGUCUAAAGAUAAGAAUAAGGAAAAGAAUACUGUAAGAUCUACAAAUUCAGAAACUACAACAGAUACUAAGAACGACAAUAAGAAAGUGGGCAGUAUCAAAAAGGAUGAUGCAAAUAUUGUAAGUUCAAAACGCGUAACGAAUCAAACUGAAAAUGCUGAAGAUGUGAACUUAAGAGUGAAAAAUACUGUUGGUAUUUCUAAAAGGGCUACAUAUACUAAGGACGAUAAUACAGAAGAAAAUAUAACUAAUAAGAAAAAGAUUAAUGAUACAGAAACUGUUAGUAGAGUAAGUUCUAAAUCAGCGGCAUCAGGAAAAGAUAAACCAGUACCAAGAAACUACAAAGAUAUCGAAGAAAAUGGAGUUUCUAAGAAGGUUACUAAAAACGCUGAUAAAGAUAUAAAUUUAGAGGGUGCCGUAGGUAAGACAGGAUCAGACAAAACUACAACUAGUGUCAUCAAAAAAUCUAAAGACAACAUGACAAAGCCAAAAGAUGUGAAAAGUGAUGCCAAUAACAAACUUGUUACGAAAGGAAAUAUUGACAAUACACAAGUAUCUGGCGAAGUAUCUGAUAACAGCAAAGUUGUUAAAGCAAAGCAAAAGGAAAGUGCUAAAAUUACUACUAAAGACAAUACAGAUAAAGAAAAGGCUCAAGUAGGCGAGAAAAGAAAAGUUAACCCUAAAAGUACUGAACAGAAAUCUGGUAAUGAUAAUAAAAUAUUAGCAAAAACAGUAAGAAAUGAUCAACAAUCAGAGAAAACUGAUGACGUUUUAGCGAAGAAAAGAAAAACUACAGAACAAGUAAUUAAAAACACGAUAAAUAACAAUGAACAGCCUAAGAAAACUACAGCCAAUGCAGAAAAAUCUAAAAACAAUCCUAAAGAAACCGUUAAUACAAGAAUUUUAAAAGAAAAAACAAAUAUCAAUGAAAAACUGCAAAAAGCUGUUGGAAAUAACAAAAUUACUCAAAACAAUACAAAUAAAACAAGUAACAUGCUUAAUGUGACUAUCACUAAAUCCAAAAUCAUACCUAUGUCAAAACUACCAGCAGAAAAACAGAUCAAAUUGGCAGAUAAGUUGAAAACUAAGAUUCCAAUGAUGAAAAACAAAAUGACGUUUUCUUCACUAAGUAACAAACUAGGAAUGAAUGCAGGGAAAAAUAGUAACGGAGUGGAAAGACCGAAGAUUCCACAGAAGAGUUUGCCGGUUUUCAAGAAAUUGGCUAAAAAUGUGCCCACUAGAUUUAGCCCAAGAAAACUGCCAACUUUUAAGCCUUCGUCCAAAGGGUUUUCCAACAAGUAAAGAAGAAUUCAGGGACAUUUUGAAGUCAUUAACUACGGCCAAAGGUGUAAAUAAACAAGUUAAUAUUA